AGGAAAAGGGGAAUCGCUGUACCAGCAGUUUGAAAUUAACUACUUUUUUAUUUAUUUCAAAUUAUUUUUCUUUUCAAAGCUAGCAUCUACAGUUAGCACUUACAGCAACUAUAAUAUACCCGACCCGUAACGACAGCUUUGAAUCUUCUAGUGCGUCAGUACGUCAACGGUUCCCACGUUUAACGUCAUCACAGGGGAUUAUGAACAGUGUAAGAUCUAGACCGGACUCCCCCCUAUACGGGUGAUGGCAGCACGUCUGCAGUCAUAUGAUAGUAACUCCAGUGACACCGAAAAUUGGGAACGAAAAGCAACAAGCCGACCUCGCAAACUCUGCAAGCAUUCGAGCAGCAGUCAGGCCAGAGCUUCUCGGGUGGAGGCAGAACAGAGGAAGAUGAGCCUGCAUGGUGCCAGUGGGGGCUGUGACCGCUCACGUGACCGCCGCCGUUCCAGUGAUCGCUCUAGGGACUCCUCACAUGAGAGAGAAGGCCAGCUGACCCCCUGCAUUCGGAACGUCACUUCACCCACCCGCCAGCACAACAGUGACCGUGAGCGAGAUGGCCCAUCAUCUAGGCCCAGUAGUCCAAGGCCUCAGAGAAUCUCACCCAGUGGUUCCAGCAGCAGUGGGGUGGUGAGCAGUCGCAACAGUAGCCUGUCCAGUACCGAAGGCACCUUUAAAAGCUUGGGAGUUGGAGAAAUGAUUUUUGUUUAUGAGAAUCCUAAGGAAGGAGGUGCAAGUGCCACUGUUGGAAACCGCAACAUUAGGACCUCAGAAAGAGUGACUUUGAUUGUUGACAACACACGCUUCGUAGUAGAUCCCUCCAUCUUCACCGCACAACCCAAUACCAUGUUGGGAAGAAUGUUUGGAUCUGGGAGAGAGCAUAAUUUCACACGGCCCAACGAGAAAGGGGAGUAUGAAGUGGCCGAAGGCAUUAGCUCAACAGUUUUCCGAGCAAUUCUGGAUUACUACAAAUCUGGGAUAAUCCGUUGUCCAGAUGGAAUCUCCAUCCCUGAGUUGCGGGAGGCGUGUGACUAUCUAUGCAUCUCUUUCGACUAUAGCACCAUUAAAUGCAGAGACCUCAGUGCCCUGAUGCAUGAGCUGUCCAAUGAUGGAGCUCGACGUCAGUUUGAGUUUUACCUUGAAGAAAUGGUUCUGCCUUUGAUGGUGGCCAGUGCUCAGAGUGGCGAGAGGGAAUGUCAUAUUGUAGUCCUUACUGAUGACGAUGUGGUGGACUGGGAUGAAGAAUAUCCACCACAAAUGGGAGAAGAGUAUUCACAGAUUAUUUACAGCACAAAACUCUACAGAUUUUUCAAGUAUAUUGAAAACCGAGAUGUUGCCAAAUCUGUUUUAAAGGAGAGAGGACUGAAGAAAAUAAGGCUGGGCAUUGAAGGUUAUCCCACAUAUAAAGAGAAAGUGAAGAAACGACCAGGCGGUCGUCCAGAGGUUAUUUACAAUUAUGUCCAGAGGCCCUUCAUCCGCAUGUCCUGGGAAAAGGAGGAGGGUAAGAGUCGCCAUGUGGACUUCCAGUGUGUUAAGUCCAAGUCAAUUACCAACCUGGCAGCAGCUGCUGCAGAUAUCCCCCAAGACCAGCUGGUGGUGAUGCACCCUGGCCCACAAGUGGACGAACUGGACAUCCUACCUAAUCACCCACCCAGUGGGAAUCACUACAGCAACAACUACAGUAAUGAGCCUGAUCCUGAUGCACCUUCACCUGCUGUCUGAGGAAUCUGGUCCUCAUUCAAUGCCUCUGCCCCUUUCCUAUUCUUCUAGUCCUUUUCCCAGCAUGCUGCAGCAUGGAGCGCCAGGGGCACCAUAACCAUAUUGCCUUGACACCUCCUUUGCAGCCUUAGAGCCUCAAAAACAUGGAUGACUGUAGAAAGAAAGAAAUGAGGAAAUCCAGACUGAAACAAGGAAAAGUUCACUGUUCUUUUCAUUUUGUUUUUUACUUGACCAAAGGAAUUUAUUUUUAUUUUGGAAACUAUUCUGUAAAACAGUUAGUAUUAACAUUAUUAUUUACUAUGUUAUUGUACCUUAAUUUGAUGGGAUCGGCUGAGCACUGUCGUGGUGUCACGGUUUUCUCCAAGGGUUUUGUUUUACUGAUGAUUUUAUUUUCAUUCUCUUGGGUGGCCCACUAAAUGUGCUUUAAAGGAGAGAAUAUAGAGGUCGAAGAGGGAGAAUAUCUGACUUUCUGGUCAUGGAGGAAUCAGUUAUCACCACUUAGUGUCAUGAUCUCCAGUUGAACUCCUCACAGAUGUCUCUAAAUCUUGUAAUGGGUCAUAUACUCAUUGGCUGGAUCUGAUAUGUGAUGUUACGCUCCUCCCACAGCCAGAUAUUAAGUAGAGCACAGGCUGUUGUGGUCAUUUUGUGCAAAGCUUGAAAUUGUUGUUUAAAAUUGAAAUAAAGAUAAAAAAAAAAACAAUGUGGAUAUAUUUGUAUCAUUACAAAUAUUUUAGACCUAGAACUGUUUUCAGU